AGCACUCCACCCUCACGAGCAAAAGGCUUGUCUUUGCUGCCCUUUGGAGUAGCUAGCUCCACAUCUCUCAAUUCUCAAAAAAUCGUGAAUCCAAGUGGGCCUCCAGUUGUCACCAUUACACACCACAAAUCUCCUGUGGCAGCCCGAAAAGCCAAAGCCCAGUGUCCCCGCCAGCUUCAUGGAGUCAGAGAAAUUAUGACUCAAGUGGAGGGACAACAGAAGAACCUUGUGCAAGCCAUUGAAUCCCUUCCAGAUUCUGGUCCUCUUUCUGCCUUGGAUCAAGACUUGCUGCUUUUAAAAGCUACCUCUGCUGCCGCUCUCAGUUGCCUGGGGGAAUGCCUGCAUUUGCUACAACAAAACAUAAACCAAGUGAGCCCACCUAGGAACAGAACAUUACCUUCAGAAAAUAUCCUAGGAUGGCACGGAUCAAAGUCAAAUUCCGCAGAGACACUGAAAAAUAGUGCCCUUAGUUCUUUAACAACAGCGAGUGCCAGUCUAACAUGGUCAGUCAUGCCAUCUGUGACACAAGAUGAAACUACGCAUACAACUCAUGAAUUGAUUCUGGUUGAAGAUGAGGUGACAGACACUGAGGACAAUGAAGAGGACGAUUUAGGAGUCAUGGAAGAUCAGCGUAGUAUAAUCCUUCAUCUUAUCUCACAAUUGAAACUUGGGAUGGAUCUAACCAGGGUAGUCCUUCCAGCCUUUAUUUUGGAGAAGAGGUCUCUGCUGGAGAUGUUUGCAAACUUCUUGGCCCAUCCAGACCUGUUUUUAUCGAUUUCAUCUGGAACCACUCCUGAGGAAAGAAUCAUCUCCUUUGUGGAGUACUAUUUGACAGCCUUUCAUGAAGGCCGAAAAGGAGCUGUUGCCAAGAAGCCAUAUAAUCCAAUAAUUGGAGAAACAUUUCAUUGCUCUUGGGAUGUGCCUAAGGACAGGGUAAAACCAAUGAGAACAAACAGUGCCUCUUGUGGUCACAAGGGGCAAGUUUCAUCUGAAUGUUACAGGCUGAGAUUUGUAGCUGAACAAGUGUCCCAUCAUCCACCAGUGUCCAGUUUUUACUGCGAGUGCAAAGAGAAGAAAGUGUGCGUGAAUGUUCACGUAUGGACCAAAAGCAAAUUCAUGGGAAUGUCUGUAGGUGUUUCUAUGGUAGGUGAAGGCAUUCUUUAUCUCUUGGAACACGAGGAGGAAUAUAUAUUCACGUUACCUUGUGCCUAUGCACGUUCUAUACUUACUGUUCCUUGGGUGGAGCUUGGAGGCAAAGUCAAUAUUCACUGUGCCAAGAGUGGUUACUCUGCUACUGUCACAUUCCACACCAAGCCAUUCUAUGGAGGAAAAGUACACAGGGUUACAGCAGAGGUGAAGCAUAAUCCGACCAAUACCAUCAUAUGUAAAGCACAAGGGGAGUGGAAUGGCAUUCUGGAAUUCACAUACAGCAGUGGAGAAACCAAAAUAAUCGACACCACCAAACUACCGAUAAUCCGGAAGAAGAUCAGACCAACAUCAAAACAAGGGCCAUUUGAAUCAAGGCAUUUAUGGCAGCACGUCACCGCUGCCCUGAAGGAAGGUGAUAUUGGUGUGGCAACAGAACACAAGCACUUCCUUGAGGAGAGGCAGCGAACAGAGGAGAGGCAGCGAGCAGCUAGCAACACACUUUGGAAACCAAAAUAUUUUAUCAAAGAGGGUGAUGGAUGGAUGUACUUUGAUCCCCUCUGGAAGAGUCAUUGCUAAAUUCACCUGGAUUCAAACGCCCAUUUUCUAAAGGCAUUAAAAAGAUGCACUAUUUAAUCUUCAGGUGUGAUUAAGUCUUGCAGUCAAUUAAAGCUGCAUUCUGUGAAUACUGCAGCUCAAAACUAAAAGCUCAAGUUUAUUGAAGAGCCAUUCUGUAUGCAUAUAUUAGAAGUGGAUAUGCUUCCUGCGUGUUGAUACAUAGCAAAAGUGUGUCCGUAUAUGUGUAUGUUAUAUAUAAUACACAUAUCACACAGUGAUUGAAUAUCUGAUCUUUUGCACUGAAAUCAAUGUGUACCACAUUGGUUGCAGGAUCAGGCUUCAUGUUAUUAUCACUUUCUAGUAUUGAUGACUUUUUCUAUUUUUCACAUUGCAAAAAAAUUUUGCACUUAAAGCCACUUGAUACUGAUAGCAGUUACAGAGCCUGACCUAAAGAACAUACUUUGACAAAAGAAUGUUUUUUUUUUUUUAAUUUGGAUGUUGGUGUGAAAAGCAUGUUUCUGCCUUGUGGGUCACUCUGAAGUCUUUGUUUCCUGGCAUCAUGUAGGAAAAUAGAAAUAUCUAAGCAGCCUUGUUAGACAUUGGCCCAUCCUUCUGACUAUGUGCUUUGUGUACCUAACAUAUAGUUUUGUUUCUUUUUGGGAAAGUAGAUGCUUGAUAACUUAGUGAUCAGUAGAUGAACCAGAGAUUUCUGAGAGACCAUUGAUUUUUCAAACUCAGUAAUAGUUGCUUGGCUUCUGUAUCCAAUUUUAUUGACUACAUCAGUUGCUUUGACAGCAACCCAUAAAUGCAGAACUUAUUUCUGGGAUUAAAGGAAUAUUUUGUACAAAAAAAAAAGUGUAGUUGUUGAGAUGAAAUGUUUUGGCACAAGUCAGAAAAUGUGGGGAGAAGAUUUCUCCCACAUCACUUGUUGCUGUAAAAAGAGAUAACCAAAAGUAGAGUCUGAAUUGUUUUAUCUGCUUUGAAGUAUCUCGUUCCAAUAAAGCCCUAACUACAUGCCUAAAUAAUGCUUAUCAACUGUUGGGAGAAAAGAAUAGGAAAGAAAUUUCAUCUUGAGUUCCCACAAAAUGGUUUGUGCUAUUUAGGAUGCCCAAUCUGUUGUACCAGCCAACUGACUUGCAUAUUCAGCUUUCCCAUCCAACUUGAACGGUGCAUGAGAAAGCCUAGCUUCCUCAAGAUGAGGGAGAUGCAGCCUGUCCCUAAGCUCAGAAUGGUCCAACUGAUUAUUAAUCAUUUAUAGAGAAGUCCAGGAUAUAUGAAGAAGCCUUAUAGAAGAUCACAAAAUCCCAUUCAUAGUAGAGUAAGACAGAUCAGUUUUUAUAAAGUAAAGAUAACUCUGUAUCUUGUCCCCCAGUUAUAGCUGUAUUAUUGCUCAUACCUCUUAAUGGCAACACAGAGUCAAUUUAAAUUAAAGCUGUCAAUGUAGAAAGUUCUCUGUUCAAUCUAUAAAACCAUAUUUACAAUUCUUUUUCAGUACGUAAGUUUUGAAUGCUGACCUUGAUUAUUUUUGUGCCUUGUCUGCUUGAAUUUUUGUAUCUUAAAUGAAAGAUUUACUAGCUUUUAAAAUAUUUUUUCAAUGAAAAUCUUAAGGUGGCAGUCAAAACUAUACACAUGUAUCUAUAUAAAACAAUGUAUAUGAGUAAUAUUACCCAUGCUUUAAUUCUUUCUGUUUAAAAAAUACCAAUAUUUACCUAAAGAUCUAGUGACCAAGUCCUCCUCUUGGUCUUAUUGUAUACCUGCCCUAGCAUAAGAAAUCCAUUCAAUUUAUAAAAACAUAAUUUAUUUAACCAUGUUUAAAACCUAUUUUAAAGGAAGUAAAGCUAUACCCUUGAGAUAAUGAUUUACAAAUCUUUGUUUCUAGAAGGAAAACUCCUUUGGUAUCAAAUCUUGCAUAUCUUUGAUAGCAGCAGAAACCUAAUUUGCACUACUUGUAUAACAUUAUAUAGGAGGCUGAGAUUAGUCUGGUAAGCAGCUAGCACAUUAACAAAUGCUCUCAUAGACUUCUGAAAUUGCAGUCCAUGCUAUGUUUUCUAUUCAUUCUAUAAAUAACUGAUUUCAGUUUUGGAUUACAUUAUCAGAUCUGUGUUGAUACAAACCUCUUGAAUUCUAGACUUUGCCAAUUAAUAUCGGUAUCCAUGUUUUAGGAUUUAACUUCAUGGAUAGAUAUCUUUCUUUUAUACAUGGGCAUUUCACACUGUAUGAUAAACCAUGUUAGUUAUGUUCUUAUAAAUAUCUUGUGCUUGUAAUGCGAUUGGCAGCUGAACACCUGAUGAAACUAUUAAAAUUUCCUGAAAUUGUCAGAUUAGAUCUGCUAUACACAGACUUAAAUUUGGAAAAUACUAAUCAACAAGAGGUUCCAAAGAGAAGCCAAGAUAACUUUCUUCCUCUUUCCCAGUGUAAAAGUUUCUCCUUGAAUUUCACAACUGAAUCAGUAACAUGCCUUAUUUCUAGGUUAUUACAUACUUGUUUUGCACUUCAGACUGGAUGUUUCUUUUCAGUUAGAUGCUCUAUACACUUUGAAUUGUAAAUUUUGAUGUACUUCCAGUUUUGUCACAGCUAUAAGACCUAUGCAAAUUUUUCUUAAAUAGAAUUAUUCAUAAACAAAAAUUUAUACUUAUUUGUUAAGAUCCAAUUCUUUGGCAGUCACUUCCAAUUAGCUUUGCUUUCAUAACUUGGGAGUUUAAAUCACAAACUAAAUAAAUUUUAUUUGAAUUUAUUACUGUGCUAAACCUAUCUCUGCAGCUUUUCCUGGCUUUAUUGCAUAAUUCUGUUCUGCAAUGUUAAUACUAAUCACAGUUCAACCACCAGUAUGUUUUGGUACUACAAAACAUCAACUUCAAAGGCAGCGCAUCAGUUAAUCAUCUCAUGGACUAUUGGUACAUACCUCAACCUUCACAACAUAUAACGAACAAUUCAGAAACGGCUGCUAAAGUGAAUGUU